CGGAUUCAGUUUUGCUACAUACGUCAUAUUUAGCUUAGAUAUUGGGAGGUGUUGAUUACGAGCAAAGAUAGCUUUAACAACAUGUUAUUAUAAAUAGGGAAGAAUGACAAUUAUUGCAACAGAAUAUUUUCGGGAAUUUAGGAAACAUUUCUAAACCGAUGUAUUUAUAAAGCCGUCUUACCAUAUGAAGACUUAGCAGGAUUUCAGAUGAGACCACGUGCCCAUGUACACAGCAACAACAGGAACAAAACACGUGUAUAAACGUUUAAAACGUUUCUAAUAUUUACAUUUAUACUUCGUACACAUUCAGAACUCUAUUGCAAAUUCAUGUGCCUUUGAAGAUGGAAAACGCAAACGGAAGCGUAAAUACUAACUCACCAUUGACAACAAAUACAUUAAUAGCCACAUCAUUACUAGUGAAUAUUUCAUCAUAUAUCUAUGAGAGCCCUACAACCACUCUUGUAAUAGGUUACAAUACAACCCCUUCAGGACAAACAAUGUCGGAGUCAACAACUAUCUCUCACGAUGGUAGGGAAAAUGACUAUUCUUACAUCUACGAAAAUUACAGCUAUCAUUACGGCGACGAAUACAUGUAUCCUGGGUACUCAUUUGAAAGAUCAGUUUACUUAUAUAUUUGGGAAAUACUGGUCAUUUUCGUUUUCCUUGUGAACGUUAUUGUUAUAUCAGUAUUGCUGCGGAGGAAGAUGCGCAAUGCAACAAACAUGAUUCUCGCUGCAAUUGCAAUUUCUGAUUCAUUAACUGGACUUGUUACUUUGCCGAGUUACAUCAUGGUAUAUCAGAGAUAUGACCCAUUUCCAGACUAUAGUGAUUAUGUUCAUGAAAAUGCCAACCUGUCAGCUGAUUUGAACCAAACAGAUUACGAAAGUUUUGCUUACUCUUAUGACUAUCAAGGUGGCUUCGGGAGCAACGCUUCGGACGCAUAUCAAUAUGAUUUCGCAGGAACAAAGGAACCCAUUGAUGGAUACAUUCUUACAAAGAGUCUAUGUCGUGGAUUUAUGAUCUCGAAGUAUUUCUUGUCCAAAUAUUUCCAUACGGUAUCAGUAUUCCUAACACUAUUCCUUUGCAUUCAGAGAUACGUGGCUGCCGCUUUUCCGUUUAGGUGCAAAUACUUAUUCAACGGAAGGAAUACAAUUUUAUGGUGCGGUGCAAUUUUCGUAUUGUCUCCAGUUUUUCAUUCGUACCAUCUAGGAAGCGAGAAAGCAGUCGACGGUUCUUGUCAAUGGGAGUUGACUGCUGAUGAAUGCGGAGGUGGAUGUAUUUACCUGUGGUUCUCUUUUUUCGUGCGUCAUCUCAUACCUUGCGCCACCCUCCUAAUUUUCACAGUGCUACUUAUCCGAAAGUUACAUCUAGGUGAGCGAAGUCUAUUUAGAAUGGUGUCAAAUCCCUCACAACUGGCAAAACGUGUUGAAGAAAAUCGCCGCAUUUCUAUAACUGUAACAGCUGUUGUUAUUGUGUUCCUAAUACCGGAAAUUCCUUAUGGCAUUUUCUUGCUGUAUAACCUCGUAGCAAAAUCUGUGAACAAUGGUAAAGACAUUCAUUUGGGAACAAACAGAGCAAUUCAUAUGUCGUACGAAGUAUCACUCUUACUUUCGUUCCACGCUAAUAUCUACGUAUAUACAUUUUUGAAUAAGAGAUUUCGCAGAUGUCUAUACAGUACAUUUUUCAAGCCUUUCCAGAAAAUUGUCGGAGGUCCAAGAAGGCUUUCGAUAUCUAGAUUGUCUUCCGCCUCUAACAGAACGACAAUUCGAAAAGCGGAUUGCCCAAGUUCCAAAGAUGGACAGGAGUUACAUUUUGUACCUAGGGGAACACGAGAAACAAGGUUUAUGGAGUCAAUUUCUGUUGAUAUUACCCUAAGUUCGCACCCAGAGUGUCACGAAUUUGAAACGUUAAAUGCAAAAGUUUAGAAAAUACGUGAAUAUCGUGCACUUGUGAAAUGUACGAUUAUAAUGUCCGUAUUCUUCAUACAUGAGUAAAGACUAAAGAACUUACGGAACAUAUCCAUGUUUGAACAAGUGACAGACUCUUAUCUUUACAAAUAAAAGUUUCAAUUAGUAGUAUGUUUUGUAUCAGAAUGAACCUUAUUUUACUUCCUUACAAAGACAUUCCAUAUAUUAAUAAGAUUUUUAUGUCAAAAAGGCAAGACUCAUACAUAACAUAUAGGGUCAAUAAAAGCAAAACAAAUGAUUGGUUUGAUAUUUUUGUAUGAUUGCUGUUACAUGUAGACGUUCAUUUAUCAUUUCGUAGCCUUCUAAAGAGUUUUUUUUAAAGUUGCACAAAUCUUUGGACUUAUGUUGAAACAGAUAACGAAGCUGUCGAAUUAUAUGUUAUACACAAAUACAUGGUCAGAAAAUCACUGCUCAAUAUUCAAUACUGUGUAUGGUCUUAUACUGUCAGAGCCAUAAAAAGGGUAAUAAAAACAGUGGAUAUUCAACAAUAUUUUCUACUAUACUAAUCAAUAGUCAAACAUUUUACAAAUAUUUGAGAAAACAUUUGUCGAAAAUAGGGUUUAACAAGAAAUUAUUAUAUUUUAUGUCCGUAAAAAGAAAUGUAGCAGCUUAAUUGUAAGCACUUUAAAUGGAGUUGUUUGUAUUGCAUUAACUAUCUCAUAUUUUCCUUUAAACCUUAAAUGGUUCUCUUUGCUACGAACGAACCAAAUUAGACAGUUUAUAUGUAUAUUCUCUCAAGUAAUAAUGAUGAUGAUGAUGAUGAUGAUGAUGAUAAUAAUAAUAAUAAUAAUAAUAGUCAUCAUAUAAUAAUAAUUACUUUAUUUGAAGAGGAUAACAUAUUUGGCUAUCGCAAGUCUAAUAUGUGGUCCUCUAACAUAAUAAUGUAGAAGUUCAUCCUUAGUAUGUAACAUAGACAGUGAAGUGAAAUACAUAUUAAAUAAUAAUAACGUAUUAUGAAGAAAUUAAUCCUUAGUGGCAUAAACAGUAUGUAGAACAAAGGCAAUUUCAGAAGACAAAAUUAUACUGUGAAAUCACUUAUAUUCGUGGGGGACUAAUUUUCGUGGAUUUCGUGGUUGAGUCAAUCCACGAAAUUUAAUCUCAACGAAAUAGCGAAAUUCCCAUUCAUUUUAUGUUCAAAAGUUGAAUUCCACGAAUUCAUAUCCCCAAGAAAAUGUCAUUUUGACCAAAACCACGAAAAUUCAUGCCCACGAAAUUAAAUGAUUUUACAGUAUACAAGAGGUUAAACUGUAAUCCUCGCACCAAAAACAAAAACUUUAAUGAGAGAAAAGUAGGGGAAAGCGUUGCAAUCAA